AUGGCGGAGUCACUCCACCUCCUGACCUCCACGCACGUAUCAAAACCUCCAGAGGCGUCGACUAGUGUGGAACUAACCAGUGCCAAUGCCCAUUUCGAGAGCAAGCAGAUCUCGGACGAGCUCGGACUCCCACGUCGGAAAUCUGGCUCGCCUAAAUCCUGCUGUGUCGUUGGCUCGGGAUGA